CUUUGUACAAGAAUUUCAAACGCAUAGUAAAAAGAAUCUAAGUAGCUAAUUUCAAGAAAAACAUGAGUACUUAUGAAGGCAAAAAAAAACACCCACAUGCUCACCCAAAAAGGGAGGUUACUGAAUAAUUUUUGGGAAGAAUUUUGGAGGGGUUGACCUAAUUCCUGUAAUUUUUUUUCCGGCUUGUUUGGUAAGGUAGAUUAGUUUUACUACCAGAUUUGGGGUUUGCGUGUUUUAGCAGUUUUUUCUGUGAUUUGAAUGAACUGGGUUUUGCUUCUUUACUCAUGGAUUUGCUAGAAAUUUGGGGUUUUCGAUCAUCUUUUUUUGAGGUUUGGGGUUGAGUUCAAGGCAGAAUUGAGAGAUAAGAGGGUACAUUCUCUGCAAUUUUUGAUAUUUUGAAUCUUCUGGCUUUUUAAUCCAUCUGGGUUUUCUGCAAUUUUGGUAAAUUUCAUUUGAAGUUGGUAUAGUGAAAUUUUUGGUGGACAUUGUGGCAAAAAUGGCUUGUGUGAAGUUGGGAUCUAAGAAUGAUGCAUUUCAGAGAAAAGGGCAAGCAUGGUUUUGCACAACUGGUCUUCCAAGUGAUAUUGCCGUUGAAGUUGGAGAAAUGUCGUUCCAUCUUCACAAGUUUCCUCUACUGUCACGGAGUGGUGUCAUGGAAAGAUCCAUCGCUGAAGCCGAUGAAGGAGAGGAGGGUUCUGUAAUAAGCUUAAGUGAUUUGCCCGGUGGAGCUAAAAUGUUUGAACUUGUUGCCAAGUUCUGCUACGGGGUGAAACUUGAACUGACAGCCUCAAAUGUUGUGUACUUGCGUUGUGCUGCUGAACAUCUUGAGAUGACUGAAGAGUAUGGAGAAGGUAAUCUAAUUUUUCAAACAGAAAUGUUCUUUACUCAAGUGGUUCUGAAGAGUUGGAAAGAGUCCUUAAGAGCUCUUCAAAGUUGUGAUGACAUACUUCCUGUUGCUGAUCAACUCCAUAUUACAAAGAGAUGUAUUGAAUCGUUAGCUGUCAAGACAAGCACCGACCCCAAUCUAUUUGGCUGGCCUGUUGUGGAGCGCGGUGGGCCAAUGCAAAGUCCUGGUGGCAGUGUUUUGUGGAAUGGCAUUAGCACAGGUGCUAGACCUAAACAUUCGAGCUCGGAUUGGUGGUAUGAUGAUGUGUCCACUUUGAGUUUCCCUCUUUACAAGAGGUUAAUAUCAACCAUGGAAUCUCGGGGUAUCAAAUCAGAGAUUAUUUCUGGUUCCAUUGCUUAUUAUGCCAAAAGAUAUCUACCUGGAUUAAACCGGCGACAAAGUGAUUCCAGCUCCCGCAUUGGGCCUCCAUCUAUGUCAAGUCCACCGUCUGAAGAAGAUCAGAAGUUAUUGGUUGAAGAGAUUAACCAAUUGCUUCCCUUGCAGAAGGGGCUUGUCUCAACCAAGUUCCUUUUUGGUCUCCUUCGAACAGCCAUGAUACUUCGAUCAGAUACAACUUGCAUAUCAACCUUAGAGAAGAGAGUGGGAAUGCAACUUGAUCAAGCAAAUUUGGAAGAUCUUUUGAUGCCUAAUUUUUCUUAUUCAAUGGAAACUCUAUAUAAUGUGGAUUGUGUACAAAGGAUUCUCGAGCACUUUCUGACCAUGGAUCAGGCUAAUGGGAAUGAUUCCCCUUGUUCUAUUGAUGAUGGACAAUUGAUAGGCUCACCUUCUUUGACCCCUAUCACAAUGGUUGCUAAAUUGAUUGAUGGGUACCUUGCUGAGGUGGCACCCGACAUUAAUCUGAAGCAUCCUAAAUUUCAAGCCCUUGCUGGAGCUGUUCCCGAGUUUGCAAGGCCCUUGGAUGAUGGCCUAUAUCGUGCUAUUGACAUUUAUCUAAAGUCACACCCUUGGUUAUCAGAAUCAGAGAGAGAAGAGCUGUGUAGGCUAAUGGACUGUCAGAAACUCUCGUUGGAAGCUUGCACCCAUGCUGCCCAGAAUGAGAGGUUACCCCUAAGAAUAGUAGUACAAGUUCUCUUCUUCGAGCAGCUGCAGCUUAGAAACUCGAUUGCUGGCUGUUUCUUAGUUUCAGAAAACCUUGAAGGCUCAAGACAAUUGAGAAGUGGUGCGGUUGGAUCCAAUGAAGGAGGAGGUUGGGCUACAGCAGUAAGAGAGAAUCAGGUAUUGAAGGUUGGAAUGGAUAACAUGAGAAUGCGGGUUUCUGAGCUCGAACAGGAGUGCUCAAACAUGAGACAUGAAAUAGAAAAACUUGGUAGAGGAAAGGCUUUGAGCACUUGGGGUAACGUGUCUAAGAAGUUAGGUUUCAGAUUGAAGUCACAAAUGUGUAGUGCUGAACAAGGGUCUGUCAGUAACCAAAGUAGCAUUAUGAGCGGGAAAGUUGACAAAUUGAAGGAAAAGCAAGGGAAGCAAAGAAAGAACUUGUAAUCCCUUGUCUUCUACGAUUCCUUGAUUUAUUUUCGAAAGCCCUUGAUUGUGUAAUAGUGAUUUAUCUUUCUGUCUCUUGAACUAGACUAGAGUCUCCUCGAUUGUGUAAUAGUGAUUCUACCCCAUCUUUACUUGUGACUACACCUUUUGUAAUCAAGAUGGACUACAUACAUACAAGCUGUAUUAAUCUCGUGUGUAUUCUUCUUAGGGCAUUUAGUGUUAUGAGAAAAUAUUUGUUUAAACUUCAAAUCUAUCAUUGUAUGUAAGUUUGAUCU